AUAACACAUACACCCUUCAUUCGAUCGGCAAAAUUUCUCUUUCGGCAGCAAACAAAAAACUGUUGUAAAUUAACGUAUCUGUACCGUGUUCUUCUGUUGGGUUAUUGGUCCUCAGUGUCUAGACUGCCUAUUUCCCGGUUUUCCUCCAGACCGAAACCACCGUAUUAAGAUAGCCGCAGAGAAGCCCAACGAAACCGCUACAAAAAAAAGAAAGAAGAAUAUUUCCGAUAACAAUAUCGUCGUCAACUACAUAAAUCUCCGAAAGCCCAAAAAUCGAAGCGCCGCCAUCCAGAGAUUAGCACUCAAAAAGAAUUUGAAGAAGUCGAAGAGCGCUUUUGGGAAUAUACUCGCAUAUAUAAUAUAUAGUAUAUUAAGUUCCUGGCAGGAUAAGAGCAAUGGAGGACUUGCACCUUAAACUCGACGAUUUGCCGCAGCAGACGCUGGCUGCCCGGCACAGUUUGAUUCUGGGCCAGAAACUGGGUGGUGAAAUUGGAUCCCAACAGUCGCCGCAUCACCAUCUCAAUCACCAGCUCAGUCAGUUGAGCCAGCUCAAUCAGUUGAGCCAGUUAAACCAGUUGAGUCAACUGAAUCAACUGAGCCAGCUGCAGCGCCAGCUCCACCAACAACUGAAUCUCUCGACUGGCCUGAAUCGCCUCUCAUCGGGCCUGAAUCUCAGUUUUGGCCUAAACCACAAGCUGACCGGCACUGUCACCGGCACCGGCGGUGACCGCCAUCACCUGCAGCGGCGUCUCUCCCAUCAAAUGCAAAUGCAAAUGGGCCUGGGUCUGGAUCUCGAUCUGGAUCUGGCCGUGGAUUUGGAUCUCAAACUGGAGGGUAGCAGCACGAACAGCACUAGCAGUAGCAACAGCAGCACCAGCACCACGAGCAGCGAUCAUGGAUCUGGAAAUGGUCUUGGUGGCCAAAGGUGGACCACCCAAGCCCAAGUUCACGUUGCCCAUGACCCUGCCCAGGAUAACAAUGGUGAUUCGCUGAAUGUGAAGGGCUGCCUAAAAAGUCACGAUGGGGAAAUGGAGAAGGAUUCCAAGCCUCCAGCCACGGAGAAGCACGGAGAGGACACAGCCAAGCCCUCUGCCUCCAUUUUCCUGAAGGCGGCCAAUUCCACGCUGAAUGCCGAGGCCACUGCCUAUACGAUGCCUGGUAGUAAACUGGAGACCACCGCUCAUCAUGGAGGCAGAGGACUCCUGCCGAAACCCUCGCAGAUUCCCAGUGAAUUUCGGCUGAAUGCCGAGGCGCCCGUCUUUAAACCCACUUCGCUGGGCGGUGGCUUGCUGGCUCUACCGGCUUCCGUAUCGCAACCUCUACUGCCGGCACCACCACAUCUGCAUCUGAAUGCCCCACUACUUUCCGCCCAGGGAGAAACGCAAUGCCCAUUUGUGCUGCAGCGUUGUGGCACCAAGCAGAAUAUCCGGUGGCGCAAACAGCCACUGCCCGACCUUUUCAAUGCCGUGCUCUCACUGAUGCGGGAACUGUCGCGAUCCGUCAGCUAUCCGGAGAUCAUAAACACCCUGGCACUGAGGCUCCAGCGGCCGGAGGUGGAGCUGAAGCGCCAUGUGCCGCACACACUCCAUGCCGCCGUCAACAAUGGCUAUUUGAAGAAGGAUGGCAAUCGGUAUACGCUCGUGUCCGAAACGGAGCAGGUGAAGAUCAUGCUGCGCAACCAGGAGGCCGCCCAGCGCGCCAAGGAGCUGGAGAAGGAGCCAUUGUCCUGGCGGAAGCGUUAGUUCCUCAAUAUCGUAUAUAUGGUAUAUAUACCCAAUGGAAUCUAUUUCGGCUGCGAACUGUGCGCUCGCAUCCGUGAUAUUCAACCUCAUCCGCACAUCCUGCAUCUUGGAUACUUUAUCCUGCAUCCUACAUCCACAUUUCAUACCUUUCGGCUUCAUUCCUUUUAUACUUGAGCUAGCACAGCACUCGCGGCUGUGAGCCUGUAGUCCUGUGAGUUGCACAACCCAGAGCCCCGAGUCCUGUGCCGCGAAGACGAGCCCUGCAAAUAAUGGUUUUACUGUACGUGAACUAUGUUGCGCGGACCAGUGAUCCGUGCGAUCCACAAUGUGAUCCUUGAUCCGCGAUCCACGGUCCGCAAACGAAGUCACGAUGACAUAUACAAAUGUAUAUAUAUAAUUGUUAUAUAUAUAUAUAUAAGCCCAAUGGGGCCGGCCUUUGGUCGAGCUGCUGCCUCCAGAGGAUGUUUCGUUGCCUGCUGUUCCCUUUUGUGUUCUAACAAACCUACGCACAACCGAGUUGUUCUGGUUCAGCGCUUUAUAUUUGCAAGCUAUUCGGGUAAAUAAAAUUGUAGUUUUUCAUGGAUCUCAAUUAAAAGAUGGGUAGAAAGAGAUGUGAA